ACCGGUUCGUCUUGGCACUCAAUGCAACGUAAUUUCGCGAUGCGGAAAUCAUAAACAAAAUAGAUUAGUAAUACGAUAUUACUACAUGUUCCUAUGUUGAAUUAACAAAAAAUGAUUAACGAAGAACUUAAGAAUGUCCUCAAGAUAUUUGUAUCAGAUGCAGUCAUAAUUGGAGCAGGUGGAAUAAUUCUGUUGCUGUUCAGAGUGCUGGGAGACCCGUACAAGAGAGGCUUUUUCUGUGAUGAUGACUCACUGAAGUAUCCCUUUCAUGACUCCACGGUUACAUCUGCAAUGCUGUAUGGAAUAGGAUUCGUAUUGGCUGUCAUUGUGAUGGUAGUUGUUGAAUCAGUACUGAUAUACAAAUGCGUGAACAGCCAACUUAAAACUGACCUUAAAACCUACGGGCACCUCAAAAUAAUUGUGAGGAACAUCUACAUUUCUCUGGUGCCUUUCCUAUUUGGGGCUGUGAUAGAACACAUUGUGACUGACAUCGGAAAGUACAGUAUCGGACGACUACGACCUCAUUUCUUUGACGUUUGCAAGGUCAACUUCAGUAAGAUUAAUUGCUCUCAGGGACAUAUAGAGGAUUUUGAGUGCCUUGGCAAGGAGGCUAAUGAAAUACGAGAGAUGAGAUUAUCGUUCCCUUCCGGACAUGCCUCCUUCUCCACCUAUGUGGCAGUCUAUCUUGUGAUCUAUAUUCAGAAGCAUGUCACAUUCUUCCGGAGGUAUUUAUUUCGCUCAGUUGUCCAGGCACUUCUGAUUUAUUUAGCCUGGUACACGUGCCUCAGUCGUAUCACUGACUAUAAACACCAUCCCAGCGACGUGAUUGCUGGUGCAGUCAUUGGAAGCACUACGGCUGCUUUAGUGGCGUACUGUGUAUCUGACAUGUUUCCCUGCAUGAGUUCCCAUGACUUGAAUCAGUCGACAGUCAGUGAUGGCAGUGUGGAACAGCAAUGCCACAAUGAGGCUCAACAACUCCAUGACCUUUGAACUCCAACUUUUUCUUGUUGUUAUUGUUGUUUUUCAAUAUUAAAACUCAGGAUUUUGCCAGAAGUGAAUAUAAACAAUGCAAUGACAGCAUUUAAUUACAAUACUUGUUCUUAAGGUGAUAUUACACAGUAAAAGUUACACUAAUUGAUUUCAGCAAAUGAAUGUUUGGUUAAAAUAAUAAAAUUUCUCCAAACUUAUGACAUUUUGUAAUCAUGCAAAAUGAUGCAAUCCUUACACAACAAGAUAUUAUAUUUCAUGUUUAGCUUAGAUUUAGCUUAGAUUUAUCAUAUUUUCAAUCAUAUUGUUGCUGUCAUUCCAACACCCUGUAGUCUGAUCAAUCUUAUGGAAUUUUUUACUGAGGAAAAGAAUUUUAUUUGAGAUUUAUUACUAAUUUCAUUUUAAAACGCAUUAAAAACAGUGUUUCAGAUUUUGAUAAUUAAGCAAGUAUGCACCUGUUCUGUUGCUCUUUGGUUUUCGUUGCAACAGUUCUGAAGUUUAUAGUCCUUCCACUCUUUGGAAGUAACUUUGUUUUCUAAAAUAUAUACAUCACAAUUAUAAUGUUUACCACACAAAUUAUUUACAUUUGGAAGAGUCGAAUCUUUUUGUGUCACAUUUAAGUUUCUCUUAGUUUCCUACUUUUAUAUAUCCAUAAAGCAAACCAUUCAUUACAUGAAGAGUUUUUUUCACGAUUAAUGUUGAACAUUUUACACACAAGUUUUCUACAAUAUUUGUGAUGUUUGUUUUUGCUUUUUUCUUAUCUUUGUACAUGUAUUUACAUUUUUUUGGUCAAAAUUCAUUACAAUUUCUUUGAAUUGUUUUAUACAAAAUAUUUUAUCUUUGACAUAAAUUUAAUGUUAUAUAAUGUUAAAUGUUUAUAAUUUCAGUGUUUUAUUUUAAAGCACUUUGUGUUCUAGCAAUAUGUUGAAGGUCUUUUAAGAACUUAAUGUUCAUUUCAUAUGGAAUUGUUUACCUUGCGUUGUAAUUCUGGCAUGGAAUGGUCCCCACCAGUGUGUGGCCAAAUAAAUAGGAAUGCUGGAAAUUAAAAAAAUACACACUUUAUUGUAUGAAAAUUCAGUUACCAAAUAGUGAUAAUAUAUUUUAUUUCUGUAUCAGAUUUACCUACUAAUUUUUCUUUUUUGAAGAAUCCCCCCCCCCCCCAUAUAUUUAUCUGAAAACCAAAUUCUUGUUGGUUUUAUGGUGUUUAGUUUGAUAUUUGUUCUGUUUAUGUAAGGGUUUAAUAUUCCAUUACUUUCGUUUAAAUUACUACUGAAAUCAAUGUUAACUUAGUUAUUUAACAAAACAACAUGAUAACAUGUUAAAAGUACCAGAGUAUUCAAGAAAAAUGGACUUUUCUGACUUUUUGACCCUUAAAUAGUUUACCAUUUGUUGAGGAAAAUAAAACAUUUUGUCAGUUUUAAUUUGAAUUUACUUGGACUUCAGUUGUUGUAAUGAAAAAAAAUUAAGAUGUCAGUGACAAUAUUUUGUUAUAUGUUAUUUUAUUGUAUUGAUUCAUUACACAAAGUAUGUGCACAUAUGCGUAGCGCUUGCAUCCGUAUCCUGUGUAUCUUAUUUUAUUUUUCAAUUAUAAUUUUUUGCUUGUUUCCUCUUAUUUAUGUUAGUAAAAGAUUUAUCUAUCAGUAUAGAAAUAUCAGAAAGCAUUGUUAUGUUUGAUGCCAUUUGCUCAUUUUUUGAUAUUUUUUCAGAACAGCUGAAAAUUGCGUUUUUUUGUCAACUGUUAAUGAGUUGUGGACUUUAUAUGGAUUGUGAAUAUGCAUGUCAGACCAUGAAAUAUAAUUAUGUUCUUGAUAUAUUUACAUAUCACGUACUUUAUUUAUUUUCACAUUAUGUAUUUUAAAUAUUUACACUUGUAUGUAUUUACACUUGUUCCCACCGAAAUCUCGUUAUUCGUCAAUAUGUGCACAUAUGGUGCUGAUGUUGUGGAUAUGUUCUCAUCAAAUUAAUAAAAAAAUAAUACUCAUAUACCACUUUGGUAAUUUUAAAUUAAAUUGUGUCUUGUUCUGAGAAAACUGGGCUUAAUUCAUGUGCGUAAAGUGUCGUCUUAGAUUAGCCUGUGAAGUCCGCACAGGCUAAUCAGGGACGACACUUUCCGCCUAAACUUGAUUUUUGGUAAGGAAUGACUUCCUUAAAACUAAAAAUACCAUUAAAGCGAAAAGUGUUGUCCCUGAUUAGCCUGUGCGGACUGCACAGGCUAAUCUGGGACGACACUUUACGCACAUGAAUUAAGCCCAGUUUUCACAGAACAAGACACUAAUGAUGUCCAUAAGGAUUUAUUCCCUUCAUAUACAGGGUCAAAAAAGCGUCAUUAACUCUUUGCGAAAAAUACGCAUUUCUCAACAUAAGUAAACAUUCGGAUUUCUUAUUCACUGACUACAGUCAUAUGCAACUGAUGUAACUCCAUGGCCAUUUGUUUGCACGAAUCGUUUGAACAUUCCGAACCCAUAGAAAGCUACUAUAAUAAAUCAGUAAUGAGUUGGCUAGCAAACGCUUAGUGAAAUCUAUUCCACUAAUGUUUCACCUGACAGUUGUUUUUUAAGUAAAUAGUUUUUUUCAUUUAAGAGCUUCGUUGUCCCAAAUGCGCUUAACUAAAACCUAAAGGAACAAUUAAUGUGGGUUUGCGGGCAAGCCGAACCUCGCGUUAAUCCUAGAUACAAUCACAAACCAAAAAUCGCGUCUAGAACGAUUUUAACCAAAUGUACAUAUGGAGACAAAAUGAAACCACAAAUCCUAAAAACGUAACGCGCGAAUCUCUAAUAUUUCUGACAUAGUUUUAGUGUACUGGUGUCGUAAGUAUCUGAAGUGUAAUAAAAACGAUUAGAGGAUUUUGAACUUAAGAAGUAUAUAUAGACAUAUGGACAUCAAUAAAUAUAUUUAACUAUUAAGGUAGUGUAUGUUUCGACAUACGUUCAUCUAACAAACUUGGUGUAAGAAGAACAUGUUUUAUACGCAUAACACAACAUAGUUCUUUAACUUCAACUCUUUUGGGAAAUUAAUAAAGUAUUUCUAACUAAUAACGAAUAUGUACGUAUAUUUUUGUUUUGUAUUUAAAUCCUAUAUCCUUUAUGGGCCACACAUUUACUGCGAAAACUCAGCCAGCAGCUGGUUGUUGUCUCCUGUAAACGAGGCUGCCUAUACAAAGUUCCAUAGAUGACUUGUGAAUUGUUUACCUAUGAAAUAUAGACAUUCUAAUUACGGCUCCUGUUAUACCAUGUAUUUUGGAUGAAUACCGGUAGUCUUGUUAGGUUCAAAUAAAGAAGUUGUGUUGUUUAACUUGGUUCACCGUAAUUUGUUUUUCAGGAAAAAAUAAAUAUUAUUAUCUGAACUUCUGAACUAAUGGCAAAAUUAAAUUUUGGUAAUUAAAUAUCAUAAGACAUU